AUGACUCGGAAAUGUGUCCUCGCGACCACACAGCUGAAUCAAUGGGUGCUCGACUAUGACGGCAACCGAGAUCGCAUCAUUGAAGCUAUCAAAAUCGCCAAGAGGAAAGGCGCGAGGCUGAUCCUGACACCCGAGCUCUGCAUUCCUGGCUAUGGUCUCCUCGACCAUUUUCUCGAAAAAGAUGUCUACUCGCAUUCUUGGGACGUGACAUGCGAAAUCAUCUCCCACCCACACUGCCAAGACAUCAUCAUCGAUCUCGGGCUGCCCAUUUCGCAUCGAGGAUCAACGUACAAUGCGCGGGUCAUCGCACUCAAUGGCAAAGUCCUUGCCAUCAGACCGAAGCUGGACCUCUGCAACGAUGGCAAUUUCCGGGAGAUGCGAUAUUUCACAGCCUGGCCGAGAGGUCGAGUCGAGGACUAUCGCUUGCCAGAAAGCAUUACGCGACUCCAAAAUCAGAAGACAGCACGCAUAGGCGAGAUCCUGUUCGAGACGUUGGACGCCUCUUUCGCUUCGGAAACAUGCGAGGAGUUGUGGACCCCGAACUCGCCUCACUCAAAAUACUCCCUCGCAGGCAUCGACAUCGUGCUGAACUCCAGCGGCAGCCAUCACGAGCUUCGUAAGCUUGACACACGUAUCAACCUGAUGCUGGAAGCCACGGCGAAGACUGGUGGAGUCUAUAUGUAUUCGAACCAGCGAGGCUGUGACGGCGAUCGCCUCUACUAUGAUGGUUGUGCGAUGAUCAUGAAUUCGGGCAACAUCUUGGCACAAGGUUCGCAAUUUUCUCUGCAGGAUGUAGAGGUUCAAGCGGCUGUCGUCGAUCUCGACGAAAUUUGGCCAUUCAGGACCUCACGAAGCCGAGGUGUGCAAGCACAGGCUGACGACGUGCACCGCCUGGAGAGAAUAGCAGUGGAUUUUCAACUCUGCAGCCACUCAUCCACUCUGCGAGUUAAGAGAACUUCAAUAGUACAGCCUCGCUAUCAUCUGCCGGAAGAAGAGAUUGCACUAGGCCCUGCCUGCUGGAUCUGGGAUUAUCUGCGUCGCUCAAACCAGGCCGGCUAUCUCAUUCCGCUCAGCGGCGGCAUUGACAGCUGUGCCACUGCAACGAUUGUCUUUAGCAUGUGCCGCAUGGUUGUCGCGGAAAUCAAGAACGGCAACCAAGAGGUCAUCAAAGACGCAACGCGCUUAUGCAACGGCAAAGACGUGAAGAGUUUGACUGCUCAGCAAUUCUGCAACCAGAUCUUCGUCACCACCUUCAUGGGCAUGAAACAGCAGUCUUCGAAGGAGACUCGUACAAGAGCCAGGGAACUUGCUCAGGCAAUUGGCGCUCACCAUAUUGACACCAAUAUUGACGAUAUGGUGGCUUCAUUGCACGGCACAGUCACAGGUGUCCUAGGGAAGGAGCCGCACUUCAAGGUGCACGGCGGCAGCCAAACCGAAAACCUCGCCCUGCAGAACUUCCAGUCAAGGUCCCGAAUGGUGCUAGCAUACGCACUCGCUCAACUAAACCCAUGGUCACGAGGCAAGCCCGGCUCACUACUUGUCCUCGGCUCCGCCAACGUCGACGAGUGUCUUCGCGGCUACCUCACAAAAUACGACUGCAGCUCCGCCGACAUCAACCCCAUCGGCGGAAUUUCCAAAACCGACCUCAAACGCUUCAUCAAAUGGGCCGAACACAGUUUCCAGCUUCCCAUCCUCCAAGAAUUCCUGGACGCAGUCCCCACCGCAGAACUCGAACCCAUUACCGAAACCUAUGUCCAAUCCGACGAAGCAGAUAUGGGUUUCACAUACGACGAGCUCUCCAUCCUCGGUCGUCUACGUAAGACCUUCAAAUUGGGCUAUGUGGGCAUGUUUGAGCGUCUCGUUGAAGAGUGGAGUGAGAGGAAACCUAGGGAGGUGUACGAGAAAGUCAGAAACUUCAUGUUCUACUAUGCCAUCAAUCGACACAAGAUGACCACGAUGACUCCCGGACUCUACCUAGAGUCCUACACCCCAGACGACAACCGCUUUGAUUUGCGGCCCUUCCUAUACCCGAGAUUCAAUUUCGAGCACCGCAAGAUCGAAAACUUGUUGAGGAAAAUGGAGGAGGGCGAUGCGGGUCAGGAGUGAAAAAGAAAAUUGUGGUCGACCAAAUGGAAUUAGAAAGGUUUGCAAGGCUUAUUAGAACCUUCCGUCUCUCAGAUGCAAAAUUUUGACCGAGUGCUCUCAUAGAAACGAAACCUCAACUCCUCCUAGAGAUAGAUCACUUGGCAGGAAACAAACCAACUUCUUAUGUGAACG